GCUGCAUUGAUCAAUGGGCUGUCGCGCUACAUAGCUCUGCUUGAAGCUCCCCCGCUGAUUGCAUGUUCUGCCACUUGCCCCGCCAUUUCUCUAUCUUAUCCAUCGCGGGGCUGUCAAUAAACUCCAAACUGCUGCCGUCAAUUGUGACUCCAGUCCACCAUCCAACCAUCGCUAUCACGGCAAACCACCUCUCCCUUGUAUUUGCGAUUUUCGACGCAAUUUAUCUUCUUCUUUAUUCUUGGAAACACACUAGUCCAUUCGUUUGUAGCUAUACCCGCAAAAAUGUUUAAAAAAGAUCUCCAAGGCGCCCCCAAGCAAAAGCUCAAAUCCUCGGCCCAGCGCGCGCUGCGCCAGUCCCUCCUCGCCACGUACCCGCUCCUGACGCCGCACAUCGAAGAGAUCCUCCCCAAGAAGGGCUCCCUCGAGAGCAUGAAGCUGCCCGACCGCAACACCCUCUACGUGCUCGACUCCGUGCCGCUGUUUUACCAGAACGACGGGUCCGACCUGCUGCCGCACCUGAAGCUCGUGCACCGCUUCCCGCAGGCGUUUCCUAGCAUUCGGAUCGACCGCGGAGCCAUUCGGUUUGUGCUCUCUGGAGCGACGCUGAUGGCGCCUGGGUUGACGUCUGCGGGGGGCAGGUUGCCUGUGGAUGGGGGGAAGCCGCUGGAGGAGGGGAAAGAGAUGGAGCAGGGCAUUGUGGAGGAUGGGCGGUGGAGCAGGGAGCUGGCCAAGGGAGAGCCUGUGGUGAUUAUGGCGGAGGGUAAGGAGGAGGCUUGUGCGGUUGGCACGCUGGCUGCUGGGACGGAUGAGGUCAAGGCCAAGGGCAAGGGGCCUGUGGUGGAGGAUGCGCAUUUCUUGGGCGAUGGGCUGUGGAAUUUGAACACGGCGUGAGUGAGGUGUAGCGAGUGAUGGAUGUAUGUAUAAUGCUGCAUAGAGGAGGAUGGAAGAUGGAGGGAUGGGAGGUUUUCUUUUUUUGUCUUUGUUGUUUAUGGUUUGUUAAGGAUAUAUGGGAUGAAAUGAUAUAUGCGCAGAUUUUAUGUGAUGUAAAUGCGUGACGGGACUGGGGAAGCAUAUCCAUGAGUUGUAUAUGAGCAUAUCAGCCAGUUUACGACUAUGCCACUGGGAAUUAUGCUUCUGUAUUGCUACGAGAACAUAUAAGAAUAGUGAGGCCUUGUCCAGCAUAGCUCAUGAAUAGGAGACUUGAUCUACUUGAGAGAUCAAGCGUAUCCCCCCA